AUGGCAGACGGAGACAAUGCGCAGUGCAAUGCGCUUGCCGCCGUGUUCGGGGGCCACCCGGCGUAUCGGUCCCUUAUGGGCUUCUUCCACGUAAUGAAAAAGGUUCAGUAUGCAAUCAAGUGUUUUCCCUCGGGUUUGGCAGCUACACUACUAAGGAAUGUAUACAAUCUACACUUUGCACGAAGUGAAAGUGCUUAUUUGGAGAUGCUGCGUUCGAUUUUAAAACGCUGGAUGGAGGACUCUACACUACAUGUAUUCGCCCAGUACAUGUACGGUCAGUGGAUCACUGGACACUUCGGGACGAGGCAAGUGUUCGCAGCCCCUGCAGGUUUCGCCUCUACGAACAAGCCUGUCGAAACUUUCAACGCAUUGUUGAAACGAGACUAUACAGGUUGA